GGUUUAUUACAAGCCACGCCUCUCCGUCGCUUCUCAUUCAGCAAAAGAGAAGUUUCGAUGGAAAAGAUCUGACUAACCACGGGAGCGAAAGAAAAUUAACCAUUUAUAUCUACGGUCCCUUUCGGAAUAGCCCGUCCGUCUCGCGUCCGUGUGCAGAUGCGAUUUCGGGCGCACGUACGCGUAUCUGCGUUCGCGUCUAAACAAGCAGACAGUAUGUCAGAUCACGCACCACGAAUGUGCAGAUGCAGAAAGCCAGAGAGACAGGACACCUGUUAACGCAGCCAUUGUUGUUGUGUUACUCCGGACUACCUUAAAACUGUGACGCCAGGUUGCCAUGGAAACUGGUUUACGCUACUGGGUCUGAGCGAGCGAGAAAACAGUGCGAGACAUUUAGGAGUUUCAUUUUCAGCACCACGCUCCGCCUGGACAGCGACUGCUCUCUCUCAACCCCAGCCCGCCUCUCCCGCAGUCCUCUUACCUGACUCGCUCUCCUCACCUGGCACGGCGGACUGGAAACCACCCGGAGCCCCCAAAAGGCUUGCACUGCCGAAGUCUUUCGGUAACUAUAAAACAUGACGGAGCACUUGGACCGCAGGUUCCACAACCUCACCAGGGAGCAGGUGGAGACCCUAGAUCAGGUGCUCACAGAGGUGAUACCCAUUCACGGCAGGGGCAACUUCCCCACCCUGGAGGUGAAGCCCAAGGACAUCAUCCACGUGGUGAAGGACAGGCUGGUGGAGAAGGAGAUCACUGUCCGUGACGUCCGGCUGAAUGGCUCCACUGCCAGUCACGUCCUCGUGAAGGAGAAUGGCACCAGCUACAAGGACCUGGACAUCAUCUUCGGGGUGGAGCUGCCCAAGCAGGAGGACUUCCAGAUCAUCAAGGAGGUCGUCCUGGGCUGCCUGCUGGACUUCCUGCCCAAGUGCGUCAACAAGGACAAGAUCACCGCGCUGACCAUGAAGGAGGCAUACGUGCAGAAGAUGGUGAAGGUCUUCACCGAGCACGACCGCUGGAGCCUCAUCUCCCUGUCCAACAACAGCGGGAAGAACGUGGAGCUCAAGUUCGUCAACUCCCUGCGCCGCCAGUUCGAGUUCAGUGUGGACUCCUUCCAGAUCAUCCUCGACCGCAUGCUGGAGUCAUACCAGGAGACGGAACAGAGGCAAGGAAGUACAGCCUGGUCCAGAGGAAGGGCCCUGGGGGACAAUGCUUCCUUAACCCAGGGUGCCAGCCAAACGGCAGCCGCCUGUGAGGAAGUGCUGUCCUCAAGCAAAGAUUCAAAUGAGCAGAGUGAGGGACCCGCUGUCCCCAGCAUGGUGUCACCAACUCCACCACAGGACUGGCUAGGCCUAGAAAACCCAUCGGCCGGCCCUUCCAAGGAUGUGCCAGCUCAGAACGAAGAACAGCACCACCAAGCUGAAGGAACGUCAGCUGAAACAGAGGGCACUCCCCUCUCAGAAAGAAAGGAACCGGUGGUGGGCACAGAGUUGCAGGUGGAGGAUAGUGUGUUAUUAACAGUGAGAGAGGAGUUAGAGGCCAGACUCUGUAAAUCACAGAAGGACGGAGAGGAGACUCCGGAGACAGACCAGAACAAACUGCUGACCGUGGUACCAGAAGCAGAGGAAUGUGUUGCUCAAGAAUCAGACCAGGAAGAGUUAGGGCUUACCACCCCAAAGGUCUUACCACCCCAGACCCACACGUCUCCCACCAAAGACUCCCAGGACACGGUUGUUGAACUGCCAGCUCCAGCUCAGAAUCACAGCAGCAAAGAACUGCCAUCACAGGCCCCCAGCAAUGGGUCACAGGCCCCUGCUAAAAAGUCCUCAGCUGUGCCUAGUCAGCUCCUUUGCCCCGUAAAGACAUUCACAGAGAAGGAGUCACGAGGCCAAAGUAUUAAACUACCAGAUCUUGCUAAAGAGCCAACAUCUCAAGAACCAGAAUCCUUGAGAGAGGUCCCCAUGACCACAGCCGAACAACCUCCCUCCGAGCAUCCAGAGUCUCAGGUUAACAGCUCCGAAGCCGAAGCCAAGGAGAGGCGUGCUGAUGGUGCGGCUUUGCCAACCCCAGCCACAAACGCCACGGUAAAGGACAAAAACACACUGGCCGCGGGCAGAGGAACACAGAGUCAGAGCUCUCAGCCGACUGCCCCUGCCCCUGAAGUACCCCUACAGGGUAAAGACUCAAAGCCAGGAGACCAAGCCAAUGAAGGUCAAGAAAUGGGGGAGAGGGAGAGCUUUCCUGUGGUCCUGCCCGAGGCAUCGGAGCCAGCUCUGCAGGCCAAGGAUUCAACGAGCAAGGCAGGAGAUUUGCCAAGCCAGGUCAGGGAGGCAGGGAAUUCUCAAGGCACCAGCAGGGAAUUGCCGGAGAUCAUGGUGGUGGCAGAGAGCAUGUACGGAGAUUUCGAGCAGGCGAUGGACCACCUGCGGUACCGGCUGAUAGCCACCCGCAACCCGGAGGAGAUCCGCGGUGGGGGGCUGCUCAAGUACAGCAACCUGCUGGUGCGGGACUUCAAGCCGGCCAGCGAGACGGAGAUCAAGACCCUGGAGCGCUACAUGUGCUCGCGCUUCUUCAUCGACUUCCCGGACGUCAACGAGCAGCAGCGCAAGAUCGAGUCCUACCUGCGCAACCACUUCAUCGGCGAGGAGAAGAGCAAGUACGACUACCUGAUGACCCUGCGGAGGGUGGUGAACGAGAGCACCGUCUGCCUGAUGGGCCACGAGCGGCGGCAGACCCUCAACAUGAUCACCAUCCUGGCCCUCAAGGUCCUGGGGGAGCAGAACAUUAUCCCCAACACUUCCAACGUCACCUGCUUCUACCAGCCAGCCCCGUACAUAGCGGACCGCAACUUCAGCAACUACUACGUGGCUCACGGGCAGCCGCCCUUGGUCUACCACCCUUACCCCUUGCACAUUCACAUGCAGACUGGGCUGGUGUAGCGGGGCCGCGCGGCAGGGCCGACGGGGCCGCCGGGAUCUCGGCAGCAGUGAGGAUAGCGCGGAGCGGAGCUCAAUUUCGGAAAAAAACAGAAAACAAGAAAAAAAAAAUGGACAGGCCAACCCAAAAUCAAACACAAGUGAAAAACGCGUGCAAGUGCAAAAGAAUCCGCGCGGCGACCGUCCUGACCAGGGCCUCAGAGAAAAAUAACCGAGAGCACGCGACAAAAUCAGAGAUAAAAGUAUUGGUCCGCGG